AAUAAUGGGUGGAAAAGUUGAUCCUCUUGUGGUUGGAAGAGUGAUUGGUGAUAUAGUUGACAUGUUUGUGCCUAGUGUAACUAUGUCUGUCCAUUAUGCUAACAAACAUGUCACUAAUGGUUGUGAUAUCAAACCAUCUAUUGCCAUUGAACCUCCUAAAAUCACCAUCGGUGGACACCCUGAUGAAUUUUACACUCUGGUUAUGACGGACCCUGAUGCUCCAAGUCCAAGUGAACCAACUAUGAGAGAGUGGGUGCAUUGGAUUGUGACAGACAUACCUGGGUGCAGCAACGUUGCUCGAGGUAAUGAGGUACUGGGGUAUGUUGGGCCACGUCCACCAGUUGGGAUACACAGGUACAUACUGGUACUGUUCCGGCAGAAUGCGCCAAUGCAGGGAAUUUUGCAGCCACCAGUAGCAAGGGCUCAUUUCUGUACUCGGGUGUUCGCACACCAACUUGAUCUUGGCACACCAGUUGCAACUGUUUAUUUCAAUGCUCACAAGGAACCAGCAAAUCGCAAGCGCUAACUGAGCGAUGAUGGACUAUAUCUAUAUAUAUCAUGUGUGAAUAUCGUUAAUUAUACUACUGUCGGUGAAUUUUAAUUUGUGUGUUUUGUGUUUGGCACUUAUUAUUUAGCUAAUCACUCUUUAAGUUUGAAAUGUUAAAUGUAUGAACUUUUGUACGUAGAAUUCAUGUUUGCUAGCUGUUUGGUCGAUGUAUUAUUAUGACUUAAACUAUAUAUAUAUUGACGUGUUUAAGUACGUUUGUCCUAUUAUAUUCUU